AACAUACAAAAACAGAAAAGGAGAGACAAAUACAGGAUUCAUAAAUUUUCCUUACCUUGCAAGACCUUAUUAGUUUAGUUUUGAUAAGGGUUUUAUCUCUUAAAAAUUGUAACUCGAACCCUUUAUCAUCAAUUUCUAGAAAUGGGUUCUUUGGAAAAUGAAAGGGAAACUCAAAUACAGGAUGGAAUUGUGAAGGAAGAAGUAGAAGAACCCAUUUUAAUGGAACAAUCUGACAGGUUUUGUAUGCUCCCUGUUCGUUACAAUCGACUUUGGGAGAUGUAUAAGAAGGCUGAGGCUAGUUUCUGGACUGCCGAGGAGGUUGAUCUCUCAUCCGAUGUGCAGCAGUGGGACCAGCUAUCAGAUUCCGAGAAACAUUUUAUCACUCAUGUACUCGCCUUUUUCGCAGCGUCUGAUGGGAUUGUUUUGGAGAACCUCGCUGCGAGAUUUUUAAAUGAUGUGAAAGUUGCAGAGGCUCGAGCGUUUUAUGGAUUUCAAAUCGCAAUGGAGAAUAUACAUUCUGAGAUGUACAGUUUGUUGCUGGAGACAUAUAUUCGGGACUCGAAAGAAAAAAACCAUUUGUUUAAUGCCAUUGAGACAAUUCCAUGUAUUAAAAAGAAGGCAAACUGGGCAUUAAAUUGGAUUCAGAGUUCAAAUUCGUUUGCGGAAAGACUUGUUGCAUUCGCUUGUAUUGAAGGGAUCUUCUUUUCAGGAAGCUUUUGCGCCAUAUUUUGGCUUAAAAAGAGAGGCUUGAUGCCUGGUUUGACGUUUUCGAAUGAGCUCAUUUCAAGGGAUGAAGGUCUGCACUGUGACUUCGCUUGUCUUCUGUACAGUCUGUUGCAAAAAAAGUUACAGCCGGAGACAGUCGAUAAAAUUGUGCAUGAAUCUGUUGAAAUUGAAACAGAGUUCGUAUGUGAAGCUCUCCCGUGUGAUUUGAUUGGCAUGAACGCAGUACUUAUGAGGCAGUACAUAAAAUUUGUUGCUGAUCGUCUUCUGGUUGCGUUGGGGAACCGAAAGAAGUACAACGUAGAAAAUCCUUUCGAUUGGAUGGAGUUCAUAUCCUUAACGGGUAAGACAAACUUCUUCGAAAGACGGGUUGGCGACUAUCAAAAGGCGUCUGUCAUGUCUAAUUUGAAGGACGGUAACAAGAACUAUGUCUUCAACCUGGAUGAGGAUUUUUAGAUGCUCUUCGCGUAAGUUUUAUCAACAACCGCGUUGAAGAUGGGAAGAUGCAUCGGGUUAUUCUUUUGUUGUUACUUAUAUUAGUAGUAGCCUUUUACAAAUUUAGUUCUCAUUUUAGGCAGGUUAUCGGUUAGCUCUAUGCACCGCAGAGCACCCAAAAAACUCGUAUGUUCUUGUUACGUUGUUACGUUACAUCAGCUCAGAGCAAUGGUAGAAAAUAAAUCAUCUAGUUUGUAUCUCUUUGGAUGUAACCACUUCUGAUCGCAAAUUUUAAUAAUUAGUGUAAACAAAUGAAAAAUGGAAGAAUCACCCUUUUGAGGAUUUUUCCUUUUACUAGUAUAAAAGCGAUUUGAAUCUCA